GUUUCGUACGCACUCUCCCGCCACUCAGGGUGACUGUCACCGGUUGUAUCUUCCCGCGUUUGGCUGCUCGCAGGUGAUCAAGAUGGAGUUCACUGGAGGAAGGCAGAGGAGGCUGAGGUUGGCAGGUGACCAGAAGAAUGCUUCCUAUCCUCAUUGCCUUCAAUUUUACUUGCAGCCACCUUCUGAAAAUGUAUCUUUGAUAGAAUUUGAAAACUUGGCUAUUGAUAGACUUAAAUUGCUAAAAUCAGUUGAAAACCUUGGUGUGAGCUAUGUGAAAGGAACUGAGGAAUACCAGAAUAAGUUGGAGGCUGAGCUUCGAAAGCUCAAGUUCUGCUACAGAGAAAACUUAGAAGAUGAGUAUGAACCACGAAGAAAAGAUCAUAUUUCUCAUUUUAUUUUGCGCCUUGCUUAUUGCCAGUCUGAAGAUCUUAGACGCUGGUUCAUUCAGCAAGAAAUGGAUCUCCUUCGUUUUCGAUUCAGUAUUUUACCCAAGGACAAAAUUCAAGAUUUCUUAAAGGAUAGCCAUUUGCAGUUUGAGGCUAUAAGUGAUGAAGAAAAGACUCUCCGAGAAAGGGAAAUUGUUGCCUCAUCACCAAGUUUAACUGGGGUUCAGUUAGAGUCAGUUUAUAAGAUACCUUUUGCUGAUGCUCUGGAUUUGUUUCGAGGAAGGAAAGUCUAUUUGGAAAAUGGCUUUGCUUAUGUACCACUUAAGGACAUUGUGGCGAUCAUCCUGAAUGAAUUUAGAGCCAAACUGUCCAAGGCUUUGGCAGUAAGUAUUUUACUUUUUUCCCUAAUUGACAUGUUUACACAUUCAAUUAUAUACCCUUGCCAGUUUUGUUCUCUGCUUCUUUAG